UGAUCCGGGUCCAAGUCGUCAGCACACCACGCCAAGAGACGACUCCAGUAGUCACGGUAGAGCCGGCAGUCGUACCUACCUACACCUACCUACCUGUCUCUAUCUACCUACCUGGCUGACUAACUAACUACCCGCCUGCUCGACCUAUCCGGGAGAGAGAGAGAGAGAGAGAAAAGAAGAGGCCCACCGACCUCUCGUGCAAUCCGCUAUCGUGUGCUCCGUAUCCCCGCGGCGAGAAUCGAUUCUGCUCUGCGACACGACAGACCUGCUCCACUUUUUCCCGUCUCUCUGUGUGUCUCACUCGCUCUCUCUCUCUUUCUUUCUUUCUCUCUGUCUUCUUCGCCUCUCUCCUCCUCAUCUUCUCUCUCUCUCUCUCUGUCUGCCUUUUUGCCUGAUUCCUCCUCUCCUGGUGAUUCUCUCUCUUUCUCCUCUCUCUCCUCCUCGAGAGUGCCGUCGGGGAAGACGUGCAGGGGUGGGUCACGUACCUGGUCCGACGACGGUGACGACGACGACGACGACGGAGACGAAAACAGCGGUAGUCACCGUCGCAAAUCACGACUUAUGCGUCUGUACCGAGCAGAAACAUCCAGGGUAUCAUCCAGAGGGAAAGGAUCGGCGUAUAGCAAAGGCGGCGGCAGUAGGACAUUAUUAUCCGAGGCACUGGCAAACGGCAACACCAUCACCCACGAUCCGUGCAGUCGUUUGUUGUUGCGCGUAGCCAGUGAGUUGACGCCGGCAACCUGGUACCAUCCAGGCUUUCUUCUUAGAGCCACGAGCGACGGACAGGCAGCGUGUAUGAUCAUUGAGGACUACUCCCCUCCGCCCACCAAACCGAGGAGGCAACACCUGCAUCAAGAUACCACCCAACGAUUUCUGAAUCACCUGGUCCUGCCGAAACACAGGACUUCAAAAUUUUCCAGUAAUAGGCAUCGGAAGCUACAGCCAUUCAGAGAAACGUGACUGGCGUCAGCAGGUAGUGCGGCAAGCCUUACCGCGGAUAACGAGAAGAAGCACCCUGACUCGACACGUCACAUACAGCUACCAGCGGGUAGCCGCCCACGUCGCCUGGCCACGUCGCCACGCAGCUGUCAAACUGCCGCUGAGGAACGUGGGAAGGAGAUCUAGGAGAACGAGGACGAAGACGUUACCCACCUGAAGGAGAGAAGGAGGAGGGGAGGAAAGAAAUCGCAUAAAUCAG